CGUGGCAUCCAGUGUCACGUGACGCCACGCGGAAGUAAACGGAACUGGCGUAUUCUUAAUCCUCAGUGCUGUGUAUUGCUACAUCGCAUUGAUCUUCAAAAGAAACGACUUAAGUUCAGUCUGUACGAGAAAGUAGUUGAGCUCCUGAAAAAUAAGUAGACAUGGGUGUAUCAGAAUUGGAGGAGUCGUCUUCGUUACUAGAUGAAAAGCUGCUUCGUUUCAUGGACCAGCUGGAGCUACUGGAGGAGAAACGAGCCACUCUCAACUCUCUCAUAGAGCAGGGAUGGUUUUCCAUAUCCAAGGCUCGGUAUACGAUGGGAAACAAACAAGUCUCUGCACUUCAGUAUGCGAGUGAGAUAGAGCCACAUGUCUGUGUUCAUGCCAGAACACAGGACAACGGUGAGGUGGAGUUCAGUACAAAGAAGGUUGAACAAAAAUGUAGUAACGAAGCUGAUAAAGAUGUGAAGUCAAUAGAGAAUAUUGGACCUCAAGAAGAAGGUGUUAGGAGAAGAAUAAAACCCAAAAAGGACAUUGCAGAGAAAGAGGCAAGUGAAGAAACAAGUGGUGAGAAAGCUCCUCAAGUUUCACCAGUAAGAAUAAGUGACAAGAAUCCUCAGCAAGAUCCGCUGAAAUGGUUCGGGAUUCUGGUGCCACAGUCUCUGAAACAAGCACAGUCGUCAUUCAAGCAAGUUAUAGAGCUGUCAGCGGAGAUCGCAACCCUUCAGACUGCUGUGUUGAACACCAGAGAGGAGCUGAAACGUGGCAUGAAAAACAAACAAAUUCUCCAGGAUGAAGCUUCAGCAGCCCAGCUGGACAAGGAGGCCGACUGAACACAUCAGUAGAGUCACACAGGAGAUGAUCUGGGCUCACGACAUGUGGCCACAGAGAGGGACGCUUUGUAAAUCAGUAGAUGAGGUUUCUGGGCCAGUUGAACUCAGCAGUGAUCAUCUAUUUGGAUUUUGAAGUGAAGAUUACAGAUGUAGAGGUUCCUACUUCUACUAUAAUUAAUUGCUUAUUGGGUAUGUUUGAUGUUGUGUUGUUUAAACUGUCUCACUGUUAAAUGUGUUGCCUGUUCGAGAUGGAUGCUGUUUGUGACUGCUCUCUUUGAGGAAUUUCUCAGGUUCAAUAAAAUCAGUGUUUUCACAACCUGGCAA